CUAGAGGGUGUCAAUCGGGCAAUUAGAAGCUUUCAAAUUUCGAACGUUGGAAUUCGAAAUUUUAACGUGCCAGUGAUAAAUUUCGAACGUAAUUUAAAUGCAUUCGAAAUAGUGAAGUGUUCCAAAAUGAAGUUGUGUGUGUUUUGUUUAUUUUUGGUUGGUUUAGAAGUUGGACUUGUGGAUGGCUUAAAAGCUUCUCAGAAGGGUGUUUGUGUGUCGAAACAUACUGUGACGAAGACAAGACCAAAGACAAUACUCGUCCCGACGGGGAAGUGGUGUGGCACCAAGAAAUGCACCGUCAAACAGACACGCAAGCAGAAAUACACCGUAGUAACCAACCAGCUAAUGUGCUGUAAAGGCUACGUGUACACCAGCGGCACCGACUCCUGCGCACCCGUCUGCAGCACCGGCUGCGCCAACGGCACCUGCGUAGAUCCCGACGUAUGCCAGUGCGCAGCGCCUCUUUACCUCGACCUUAAAACUAGAAACAAAUGCCUACUACCCACAUGCGAUCAUGUUUGUGUAAAUGGGUUAUGUUCUGUAAAUAAUACUUGUGUGUGUAAUGAAAAUUAUACUUCUUACAACGCAACGUAUUGCACGGUAAACUGUGGAGAAGGAUUUGAGAUUGACUCUUCUUUUAACUGUGUUCGCAAGUGCGCAGCCCCUUUAUAUCGGUUUAAAGACAAAUGCUUAACGCCUAUUUGCGAUCAUCCAUGUGUGAAUGGAUUUUGCUCAGUGAAUAACACUUGUGUGUGUAAAGAUGGUUAUAUAGCUUUUAACGCAACGCAUUGUGCGGUCAACUGUACAGAAGAGUUGGAUUCUUUAAACUGUGCUAAAUCUACACUUAGUAAUGUGUGUGGUCACGGAUAUAAACUUAAUAAAGAUAAAUGUGAAGCAGUGUGCGUACCUCCUUGUGUUAACGGACGGUGUGUAGGACCGAAUGUGUGUGAGUGUGACAAAACGCUUGUGAAGAAGAAUGGUAGAGUGUGCCAAGAAAAACAAUAUGGCUGCGGAGAGUGCAGAGCUGAUGGGACCUGCUUGAUGACGACCAAGUAAGU